AUGGCCCCUUCGCCGUCAAGCUCUUCGGGUGGAACACCUCAGUUCAGGUUUGUCUCCGAGAAUGAGCAGUCGGCAGCUCGGAGCCAUGCCAUGAGAGAGCACUGGAAGCUGCGGCAUCAGCGCAACCAUGAGGCGAAGGCUCGUCACCGGCGGUCUUCACGUACCUUGCUUCCGCGCUCGAAAAGCAGCUCGAAUGAGGCGGACGGUCAGGGAGCCAACCCGAGUAGUCCGUCGGAAUUAAAAACGCAAAGAGAGGCAGAUCCUCGUGAAAAUCGAGAGACGCUGCCCAGUGUGCCCGCUCAGCUAUUGAAUGGCAUGGGCCUUGCAUUGGCAACCUCGAGACCAGAUCCCUUCCAAACAUGUCCUGUUCACUUAACGAGCCAGCACCAGAAGCUUCUCUAUCACUGGAUUGGUACCCAUGCAGCGAUGAUGUUUGAGGAUCUGCAAGCCAACGAAUUCAACCCCAUGAAGGACGUAUGGUUUCCGCUCGAUCUCUCAAAUGCUUCAUCCUUCAAUUGCAUUAUGGCGCACUCGGCGGCACACCUAUCUCACUUAUACACUGGCAGUAGUCCAACCCCAGGCACAACUUCCUCAGAGGCGUUGAAAUAUAAGCUCGAGGCGAUAAGAAUACUCCAGAUUUAUCUUUCAAACCCUGAGACGGAGUUGAGCGAGCAUGCAUUCGCGGCUACGAUUCGUUUGCUCACCUUCGAGCGCUACUGGGGCACCGUGGAGGAUUGGAACAUUCAUCGCAGGGGCUUACAGAGAAUGAUUGAUGCCAAGGGGGGGAUCGAGGCGCUCCGCGACAACUGGCGCUUGGAGUUGGUGGUGUAUCUGUGGGUGAACCGAGGGACAUAUUUUUGCGGAUGA